GGGUUGUCAAUUUGAAUUUAGUAUAGUGCGUAUUUUUCUCAAAGCUAUGUACAAUGGAGUUGACUAUGUCAGUCGAUUUGAUUAUCUAAUACACUCUUGUAUCUCGUACCUCAAUACUAGCAUAGAGUUUUGGACCAAUAAUUCUAGUUCGUCAUGUUACAUACUUGUCGAGGUAUCAAUACAUGAGAUUAUGCCAUUCGGGGUUUUCACCGUAAACCAUUUUCGAGAUGGGAUUAUCCCAUACUGUGUUUUCUAAUUCACCGGGCAGGUUCCAACCAUAUCAUAUAACUUCUUUACAGACAUUCCUGCAUUUGUUCUCAUCAAUUGAUUUCAACAUCUUUCCAUCUCAGUAUGAAUGAACCCAUUGCCAUUAUCGGUCGUGGUUGUCGUCUAGCCGGAGGUUGUCAAUCUCCCUCUGAACUUUGGAAUUUUCUUCAAACUCCUUACGAUGUUUCUCAGGAGUUCCCCCCGGAUCGAAACUCUGCUUCACGCCAUAGUACCUCCACACGGGGAUAUUUUCUCUCGCAGGAUGUACGAGAGUUUGAUGCGUCGUUCUUUAGUCUCAGUCCAUUGGAAGCACAGGCAAUGGAUCCCCAGCACCGGCUGUUGCUUGAAACAGUGUACGAAGCUCUAGAGGAAGCGGGAAUUCCUGCUGAGACACUGCGUGGCUCUGAUACCGCGGUGUACACGGGAGUAAUGUUUCACGACUAUCUCUCACUCAGCAGCCAGGACCAUAUGGCAAUUCCCAAAUAUCAUAUCACCGGCACUGCUCCAAAUAAAGCGUCGAAUCGAAUCUCCUACUUUUUCGACUGGCAUGGGCCUUCAGUCACCGUUGAUACUGCUUGCUCAUCUAGUCUUGUAGCUCUAGACCAUGCAGUGCAACAAUUACGAAGUGGUUCGUCAACUCUUGCUGUGGCAGCAGGGGCCAACCUGCUCCUUGAUGGUCGCCCAUUUAUCGGGUUUAACAACAUGGGAAUGCUUUCCCCUACAGGGAGCUGCAAGAUGUGGGAUACUGAAGCUGAUGGCUAUGCCAGGGGCGAAGGAAUCCUUGCUAUGCUGUUAAAACCGCUCCGACUUGCUCUGGCAGAUGGUGAUAACAUACAAUGUGUUAUUCGAGAGACUGGCGUCAACCAUAACGGACGCACCAGUGGAAUUACCUUGCCAAGCGCAUCUGCUCAGACAAGUCUCAUUCGGGAUGUUUAUCAUCGAGCAGGUUUAGAUCCCACAAACCCUUCUGAUCGACCUCAAUAUAUUGAGGCACACGGCACAGGCACUCAAGCGGGGGAUCCUUUGGAAGCCGAAGCACUAGCCGCGGCCUUUUCACUCACAUCAUCACAACCCGAUGAGGCUCAUAUGUUAGUUGGCAGCAUAAAAACUGUCAUCGGUCAUACUGAAGGAGCAGCCGGACUAGCUGGGGUAUUGAAAGCAUCUCUGGCCAUACAGCACGGGAUUAUCCCGCCAAACCUUGGAUUUCAGCAAUUGAAUAAAAAAGUAGCACCAUAUUGUACCAACAUGGAUGUGGUUACCAGCGUGCAGCCAUGGCCCGCGAUGGCAUCCAAUACUCCCCGUCGAGUAAGCAUCAAUAGCUUUGGUUUCGGGGGAGCCAAUGCCCAUGUCAUCCUGGAGUCCGUGCCACUUCCAGCUAAAAAUGGAUGUCAAGAGGCAUCUCUGUCACCAAGAAGCGACUCUGUGCUCCCAUAUGUGUUUUCUGCUGCCUCCGAACAAUCCUUAAUUUCAAUGCUUAAACGAUAUGAAAAUUAUCUCCAAGAAAACCCAUCCAUUAAUCCUAACGAGUUAACUACCACACUGGCAUCCCAUCGAUCUCUUCUCCCUGUUCGUGUUCGAUUUCCCGCUUCUUCCAUCGAGUCUCUUCAGCAAGCAAUCAACAGUUCAUUUGAGUCUGGAGUGAUUGGAUAUCAAUCCCCGCUAAAAGAAUCGAAAAUUCUCGGCAUCUUCACCGGUCAAGGUGCGCAGUGGGCCCAGAUGGGAGUUGGGCUUUUAGCUGCUCAUCCCAGCUUAAUUUCCUUUCUUGAUGAUUUAGACAAGGCUUUACAGUCACUUCCGGAAGGCGAUCGCCCGACAUGGAGCCUUCGAGAGGAGUUGGAGCGGCCAUCCGAGGAAUCACGAAUUGAUACUCCUGAAAUAUGUCAGCCUAUAUGCACAGCAAUCCAGCUAAUGCUCGGUCACCUUUUACAGAAAUCUUGUGGUAUCUCAUUCUCUGCAGUCGUUGGCCAUUCAUCUGGGGAAAUUGCCGCAGCAUACUUUGCAGGAUUUUUACGCUCAGCUGACGCCAUUCGCAUUGCGUUUUACCGAGGUCUGCAUGUAGCUCGAUUCAUAUCAUCAUGUAAUCAGGAGGGCAGGAUGCUGGCUGCAGGCCUGUCCCAGGAUGCAGCGGAGGAUUUGCUAGCAGCUACCGAAUUCAAGGGCCGAUUGUCUCUUGCGGCCGUUAAUUCUCCAUCUAGUGUAACUCUCUCUGGUGAUGCAGAUGCCAUAGAGGAAGCUCAAACUCAGCUAGUCAGCCGUAAAAUCUUUAAUCGGUUGCUCAAUGUUCAAACCGCAUAUCACUCACAUCACAUGUCAAAGUGCUCCUCGGCAUAUCUAGCUUCGCUCGAAGAAUGUCAAAUUGAAGUAUUGCGCCCCUCUAGCGACGCCCCAUGUUGGUACUCAAGUGUCCAAUCAGGGGAAUUAAUCUCUUCUGAGGGCGCGGACAAACUGGGUGCGUCCUACUGGGUUGAAAACUUGGUAAAUCCAGUCAUGUUCCAUCAUGCCAUUCACAAUGCGGUAUCCCUCCUACCCGAUAUCAAUUUCUGUCUAGAAGUUGGCCCUCAUCCCGCUUUGAAGGGUCCCACCAUGCAAACGAUAACAACUGUGCGGAAGAAUCCCCCUCCAUACUCUGGCACUCUCAACCGAUCCAAGACUGAUCUAGUGGCAUUUUCGGAGUGCGUCGGGGACUUGUGGGUAUAUUUGGGAAGUGCGAGAGUUCCACGCUUCGAUGCUUUAGAACACGCAAAGCCAUCACUCGUUGGCCUCCCAACUUAUCCCUGGGACCAUCGGCAUAGCUUCUGGCUGCCACCACCUUCAUUAAGCUCGAUGAAAGGAAAUUGGAAUCAGCAGCCGUCUCAAAAUCGAGUGAAUAGCCUGCUAGGAUACCAGGUUGGCGAUUGUGAAAUCGGCACAAUGUGUCGUUGGUCCAAUGAUCUGAGAAUCGACCAAUUGGAUUGGCUGAAAGGUCACACACUCGAAGGUCAAAUCAUUUUUCCCGCCACGGGCUACAUUACAUUGGCCUUGGAGGCUUGUAGACAGUUCGCUGCCGGGCGAUCCAUCCAGAGUAUUACUCUGAAAGACGUCAAGUUUCUUAAAGCACUUCGUAUUGAUGAAGCAUCAGGGGCCAACAUCACUGUCACUAUGGAUGUGUUCCAAGACGAGGAGUCUGUCAUUCAGGCAAAGUUAAAUGUGAACAUUCCUCCUACGGAAGACGAUGGUAAAUUCUUCGCUGCUGCCACUAUGGACAUUAUGCUCGAGCUAGGCUCCCCGGUUGAUGAUCUCUUGCCUGGUAGAGCUGCUUUCUCCUCUUUCAUGACGGAGCUUGACCACACAAAAGUAUAUGACCAUCUAGCCAAGUUGGGCUAUGAAUACACAGGAGAUUUUCAACGAGUUCACAGCCUCCGUCGAUCUCUUGGACAGGCAGUCGCGGAGAUUGGCUGGGAUCACACGGCAGACGAUGACUAUGUGCUUCACCCAGCAUUGCUAGACAAUGCCAUUCAGGUUCUAUUCUCUGCCUUCACAGAUCAUGAGGAUGAGAGCAUGUGGAAUCUUUACAUGCCAGUAUCUGUUGAGCAGCUGACCUUGAACUUUUCCCUCUCCUACCCUGGGCGUGACGGGCAAUUCGGCGUAGACAGCUAUCUACGCAAGGCCGACAGCAGCGGUAUUUGUGGGGAUGUCACCCUUUUCAACUUCUCUGGGCAAGGAAUCAUCCAGAUGGAAGGACUUAACACCAUGCCAGUUUCGCCUGCUACCGAGAACAACGACCUAAUACUAUUUUCUGAGACAGUAUGGGGAGUUGCCGAGCCUAAUGGCGAGCUAGCCCUAGGUAAUCGCCGGGCUUCGCCUGAGAUGCUAAGAAAGACUCUCGAAUGGGAGAGGGUUUCACUGUAUUAUCUUCGACAGAUUGGCCACAUGUUUAUCGAUCAGAAAACAGGCGAGAGAAUUCAAACAAUUGAAAUUGAACCUCAUCAUGGGGCCUUCCUAGACUACUGCUCAUGGCUCGAAGAUACUGUGCGCGUGGGGAAGCACCCUUAUGCCUCACCAUGUUGGCUAUCUGAUACAGAUAAAGAAAUUGAGCAAAUUUGUCGUCAAUAUUCCGCUGAGGACAUCGAUUUCCGAUUGAUAAAAAUGGCUUUCGAGGUUCUCCCUCCAGUCAUCAGAAAAGAUACCACUAUGCUUCAAAGCUUCAUGGCGGAUGAUGCUUUAAGCGACUGGUACCAGAAUAGCAUGGUCUGCGCCCCAGCUGAGGAACCUCUAGGAGAAAUCAUCUCCCAGAUUUCGCAUCGCCAUCGAGGUUUAAAUGUACUUGAGAUUGGAGCGGGCACGGGUUGUGCUACAAGAUCAGUACUUCCAGCAUUAGGAUCGUCUCUCGCUCGCUACACAUUUACUGAUGUAUCAGUUGGUUUCUUCGAGAAGUCAGCACAGCAAUUCUCCACAUAUGCCGAUCGUAUGGAUUUCAAAACCUUCGAUCUAGACCAAGAUCCCAUGGAUCAAGGGUUCAUUGAAGGUACCUAUGAUCUAGUUGUUGCAUACGCAGUUCUACAUGUAGCAUCAUCUCUUAGUGAUGCUUUAAGGCGAGUCCGACGCCUACUGAAGCCUGGUGGCUUUCUUGUACUUGCCGAGGUCUUGGGAGAUGGACCAAUGGCUUUGGGCCUGAUUUUUGGAGGAUUUACUGGCUGGUGGGCAGGUCGAGAGGAAGGAAGACGAUAUUCGCCAACCGUUUCACUGGAGGCAUGGCAGGAGGUCCUAGCCAAUACCGGCUUCUCCGGCGUUGACACACACACUCCGCUCAAAGAUCCUAUCACAUGGCCUAUCAGUGUCAUGGUCUCUCAAGCAGUUGACAAUCAGGUUCAAUUGCUCCGUGAGCCAGUCUCGUCAGCGGAGCUGGUACUGGAGGAAUUGAUCAUCGUCACCGAUCUCAACUUUCCAUCCCAUGAUACCGUGCAACUCCUGAAGAAAUUAUUAGCUCCUCAUACCAGACAACUUACUCACUUCAAUUCCCUUGCUGAGAUAGAUGGCACGCCUUUGCCAGCUAAAGCCACCGUGCUUAAUAUGGCUCAUCUGGAGAUUCAACCAUCCGAGAAGGCUUGGCGAGGGUUGCAGAACCUUUUAGGCACGGCUUCACAUAUGCUUUGGGUCACGAAUGAUUAUUCAGGUGGGAAUGCCUCAUCUGGGUUGUCCAUUGGUUUGGCUCGGUCUUUGCUACAUGAAAUGCCUCAUUUGCGUCUGCAGAUGGUUGAUCUGAGUCAGAAAGCAGAGCCUGACACAGUGGCAUCAUUAAUCGCAAAUAAUCUUCUGCGCCUGGCAAAAGAUCAUGCUGAUGAUGGGUUCUGGACCACGGAGCCUGAAAUGGCUAUCGAUGCAAUGAAUAGGGUCCUGGUUCCACGUCUACAACCCCUGAGAACGGCCAACCACCGGUUGAACAGCUGGAGAAGGAAGAUUAUCACCCCAGUUCAUGUGGAUAAAGAAGAAACUGAAUUGAAAUGGCAAAAUGAUAACUUCAUGCUGGUUGCGAAGGGUGCUCUACAAUCUUAUCAAGGCAGUUCUCGUGUCAUACGCACCACACGAUCGGUACUAGCAGCUCCAUCUCCCCAUAAUGUGCCAGUAUAUCUUAACCAAGGCGUGGACAUCCUUUCGGGAGAAGUGAUCAUCGCUGCUUCCGACACCUUGUCAUCUAUUUUGACUGUUCCAACAUCUCUUUCAAUUCCUGUUGAUCUUGAGACCUCCACCCACCCUCAAUACCUAGAUCUUCUGACUACCGACCUUUUAAUCAAGACCGUUGUCGAUAAAAUCACCACCGGGAAUCGUGUUUUGCUUUAUGCCGGUGAUUUUGCUGCUGCGGCUUACGAAAAGUUCUGGUCAUAUCACUUGCAUGCAAAACAACUUCAGGUACACUAUUUGACUGGAACGAAGGAGUUAGCCACCACCGCAUUAUGGCAAUACUGUAAUCCACAAGCUCCAAAACGACUUAUUACAUCAAUUCUGCCCAAAGACAUUGACGUUUUCAUCAAUCUCUCAGAAAGAAAUUCUGCAGCCAAAAUACUAGACUCUCUGCCUCUCCGUUGUCAGCAAUUCACAUUUUCUUCGGCGAUUGCGGCUACAUCUUCAAUCCCUUCUCUUCAGCCAAUACAAGACAUGACUGCGCUGCUAACAAGCGCUCAUGCUGCUGUUCAAAAGUAUAUCGAAUUAGAUUUUACCGUCCAGUUUCCGGAGUAUAGCGUCGCGGAGCUACUCAACCACAAGCCGAAGGAGCUCUCCAGCAUCCCAAUCGUAAAUUGGUCGUGUCCGACCCCGCUUCCCGCCAAUUAUCAAUCGGUUGAUACAUCACAGCAUAUUCUGCGCCCCGAUCGGACAUACUGGCUUGUAGGAUUGACAGGAGAUCUGGGCCAGUCUCUCUGCGAUUGGAUGGUUGUGCGUGGUGCUCGAACAAUUGUUCUUACCAGUCGACAAGUUCGCAUGCCCACUGAUUGGGUUCACAGACAUCGGGACAACGGAGUCAAUAUUGUUCCUCUAGCAGGUGAUGUCACCAAGGCGGCCUCUUUGAAAGAGAUACACACCAUCAUCACAAACGAACAUCCCCCUCUUGAUGGCAUAGCCAGCGGUGCAAUGGUGAUGCGCGAAAAUUUCUUCCAAAAGACGACUGCGGAAGAAUUCAGUCAGGUCGUCGAGCCCAAGGUGCGGGGUCUACAGAACCUAGAUGAUCUAGUUGGCGACCAAUCGUUGCUAUUUUUUAUUGCCUUCUCUUCAGUUCUGGCAACACUAGGUAAUCUCGGGCAAAGUGCCUACACCGCAGCCAACGUAGCAUCCGAGGCACUAAUUGUGCGCCGUCGACAGCGCAAACUGGCGGGCUCAGUGAUCCAGAUCUCCCGCAUGACAGAUGUUGGAUAUGUGAAACGCCAACGAUCAACAUACUCAACACAGGAAAUGGAACGAUUGGACGCUUACUGUCUGCCCAUGGGUGAGCGACAGCUACACGCCUUAUUCGCUGAAGGAAUUUUGGCCGGUCAGCUGCAGCAGUGCAACUCCACGCCUGUUAUCACAGCAGGAAUUCCCAGAAUCUCAAUUGAUAAAGCAGGGAAUGCGGCUUGGAUGAAGAAUAUUCGGUUCUCGAGCUAUUGGGAGCAGGAACCAUUGCACCAGGAUGAUCGAGUUGAAAAGAAAGCAGGCAAUGUUCCGAUUCGAAUUCAAUUAUCAGAGUCUAAAUCUACUGAUGAAGCAGAAGUGAUCGUCCGGGAUGGUGUCACCACCAAAAUCCGCACAUGUCUCCAUCUCCCAUCUGAUCAACCUGUCGCGGAGCAUGCAGCUCUGAUCGACCUUGGGGUUGAUUCGUUAGUUGCGGUUGACAUCCGGGCAUGGACGAUGACCGAGCUGGGGACUGAUAUACCAGUUUUGAGGCUUCUGUCUGGAAUGACUGUGGAUGAGAUUGUCAGUAAUGUCUUGGAGGUUAUUCAGACAUCAUAAAAGGAUAUAAUUAGAAGUUUGGUCGGGCUCCGGGGUCAUUGUAACCAUCUGGUGUUCUCUAGACAAUCAUGUCUCUGAUUUGUCUGAUUUGUGGGCAGAGGCUUUGUAAUUGUAUCACUAUAACUAGUUUAGAAAGACUACAAAUGUUCUUUUGAUGUUACUUCCCAGUGCUCUUUCAAAACACUGCUCAGAGAAGGCAAUGAUUUCACAAACAUUAACACUUAACACUGUUGUCUUGAAUCUUCAGCAGACUAUGGUCAAGUUCAAAGCCUCAUCGGAGGAGAUCAUUGAAGCAGCCACUUUUCAUGUGUCAGAUCAGAAUUGAGGGGGUUUAAUCAAUGAGCAUGUAACAAAGUUAUUGAGGAAGUAAAUGAUUGCAUAGAUAGAUUCACUCUGUAAUAUGGCUGAUCGAGUGUUUGAUAUUUUACAACUGUAAGAAGUUGAUUCAGAAGAGACAAUACAAAUGCAUAUUAG